AUGACAUAUGUUCCAAUUCACCAAGGACGAAUCUGGUCUCUCACAAAUGAUCAAGAGAUCGCUUUGAAAAAAGUGUGGGGAAUCCUCCUCAAGCACUGUGGCUAUCCCAUAAAUAUCUCCAUAGAAAGUAUUGAAAAAGGCGACCAGCUAGUGGCUUCAAUAACAGACGUUCGCCUGAUUGGCGAUCCCGAGCUGAUAGGUUCUCGAAGUAAGGAAACUUCCACAAUGGAAUCUCAUUCAUCCACUCUCACACACACAUCUAUUUCAAGUAAUGUCCGAAGUGUUUACUAUGUUUUGGAGACAGGAGGCUGUGAUAAUGACGACGACGACAUUUUCUCUUUAUAUCAACUGGAAGGUUAUUCCAUGUUGAAAAAAUAUGCGCCAGAAAUUUUACACAAGAGUUUAUGGGCACUGGGCAGAAACGACAACACUGACAACUAUUUGCUUCGAUUUCUCAGGAUAUCGAAAUUCAACUACAAAUCUUCUUUGAGUUGGAUAGCUCAUAUUCUUGAUUGGAGACACGCCAAGUACAAUGUUGAAGAUAUCCUUUUCAAAGGUGAUGCUCAUAUCUUCUUCGAGCUGAAAUCCCCAAAUUUAGUUGAUGUUUUCCGGAGAAAUGAGAUGUAUGUCCGUGGAGUUGCCAGAAGUGGUAGCCCCUUAAUCAUAUUCAGAGGGGCCAAACAUAAGAGAGGGCGAUGUACGGAUGCACAGUUUGAGAAAGUUAUUCUUUUAUGCAUAGAAUGGGCAAGAUUGGGAUUUCUGGAAUAUAAACAAGGUGUGGACCAGUUUCAUGUUAUCAUUGAUCUCACAGGCUUUACAAUGAAACACGCAGACUUCCAUGGCGUCAAGUUUGGGAUCAGAGCAUUUCAAAAGUACUUCCCUGACUCGCUUGAAAGAUUACAGAUUCACAAUGCUCCUCGCGUUUUUAGCGCAAUGUGGAAAAUCUUGGAACAUUGGAUGAAACCUCAUUUACGUGAAAGGAUCUCCUUUACAAAAUCGAUUGGGGAACUAACGAAGUACAUUGACCCGAAGUAUAUUCCUGCUGAUAUUGGGGGAGCAGAACAACAUCCACCAGCAUACAUUGAGCCUACCUUCUUUAAUUGCCAAAGAAAGACUCCAGAUGAAGCAUUCUACUCUCUUACAAAGGAGAGAGAUGAACUUACAGUCAAAUUCAUCGAAUCAACCAUUAAAUGGAUCGAGGCAACAACAAGCGAAGAGUCCAAAAUGCAUCUUAUCAACAAGAUCGAGAUCUCAAGAGCGCGGGCAAUUAAUUAUAUCAAUCUAGACCCAUAUUUGAGAACAAGGGGCAUUCCUGACAGGAACGGUGAGGUGGCAAUCAUUUCAUAUUAG